ACCACCUACGAUGUCGCAACUCUGUCCUCUCCCCAAUUUCACAAUUCUGGAAACCCCACCCCCAAAAAAUAGAUCUCAGUAUCUCACGCCACCACUCUUCCUUCACCAUCUUCUACGCUAUCCAAAAGAUUCAACAAUGGCUUCUCUAUGGCCGAACAACCCAAUCGCACACAAUAUACACCAAAUCAAAUCUACAAUCCAAAAACCCUACCAUCAGUUCGUACAUUUUCACUUCGAUUCCAACCCUAAAUACUUGAUACCUAACUGUUUCUGCAAAUCUAUGCUCCCACAAUCCUCAAAAAUACCUUACAUGUCCGAUUAUUCAAAUCCUUAUAAGUAAUCGUUAGAAUAACCAUCAACGAUUACAAAUCAACAAACCCUAACCAACAAAUCUACGAAAUCAAAUACCACAAAUCACAGAUACGAAAAUCAUCGGAGAAGAAAGAAGAAUGGCGAGCACAAGUUAUACGAAGUACAAUAGCCCACAGAUAUUCUCCAAAUUGAUUAUUCAAUUCUGGACAGUGCUAGAAUUUCAAUCUAUGGGUAGAUCAGGAACAAUGAAAAUAUACAUACAACUUCUUUUAGUAAUGAAACUGUCAUCCUGCACAGAAAUGUUAUCAAGCACCUCAGUAGAUGCAAGAAUUGUUGAAGCUAAAUAUUGCAUCUGUUUGAACAGGAAACUCCUUGCAAGAGUGGCUGAAAAAACUGGCCAGACAUGCUGGAACUUGAAGGAAGCUAAGAGAAUAGCAAGUUGUAAAUUCAAUUCUUAGUUAUCUGUUUUCAGAGAAGACCCAAAGCUCUGAAUCUUGUAAUCUAUUAGCAUAGUAGAGGAAUGAUGUAGGUAUUUAUAAGCGUGUUGAAGCAGCUGUGUAAAACUAAAAAAAAUACGCAAAAUCUGUACUUUUAAACCAAACCCAUACCAUGCUUGACUAUGCUCACACGCAACCUAUCCCUAUAUUUCAGCCUAAAA